GGAACAGCCACUUCACUAGAAGCAGAAGCACAUUGCAGUUGGCCAGUGAGGGAAGAAUACUUUUUUUAUUCUCUUUGGUAGGGACCUAGAGGAUUAAAUAGAGAAGCAUACUAACGUUAUUAUUGGAUAUUUUAUUGUCUGACUGUCACAAUGUCCAGAGUUACCAACCUGUCGAAGCUGCGGCAAGAGAGGGUGAAGGAGAUCAACCUGCGGAACAAAGAGAGAGAACGCAUGAGGGAGCGAGAGAAAGCCGCGAGGGAGAGGGAGGCUCGCUACAGCAACGGUCACCUGUUCACCUCUCUGACUGUGUCGGGAACUACGUUGUGUUCAGCAUGCAACAAGAGCAUCACUGCCAAGGAGGCGCUCAGCUGCCCUACAUGCAAUGUUACGAUCCACAACCGCUGUCGAGACGCUUUGCCAAACUGCGCCAAAAUGAAACAGAGGCAACAGAAGACGGCCCUAAUGCGGAACAACUCAGCCCUGCAGUCUGUCACGCUGCGCACAAAGACUCCAGGAAUGCGCGAGCGUCCAACUUCGGCCAUCUACCCCUCUGAGAGCUUCCGACAGACCCUGCUGGGCUCCCGCCGGGGUCGCUCCGGCCUUUCCCUCUCCAAGAGCGUGUCCACCAACAACAUUGCUGGGACCCUGAGUGAGGACUCUAACCUGGGGCUGCGCAGGAUCCUCUCCCAGUCCACAGACUCCCUCAGCUUCAGGAACAGAGCUAUGUCAAUAGAGUCCCUGAACGAUGACGGAGACAACUACUAUAGUUCAGUGUUAGAGGAGCUGGAGCUGGAGGGACAGGACUUUAAGGCCGACUCAUGGAGCAUGGCAGUGGACAGCAGCUACCUGCAGACACACCGCAAGAACAUCAUCAAGAGGCAGGAUGUCAUCUAUGAGCUGAUUCAGACAGAGCUGCACCACAUGAGAACGCUGCACAUCAUGGAGAGGGUUUUCCGGCAGGGCAUGCUGGAUGAGCUUCAGAUGGACCUGUGCACCGUGCAUGCCAUGUUCCCCUGCCUGGACCAGCGGAUCAGGACACACUCCCACUUCCUGGCUCAGCUUCUCCUGAGGCACAACAGCAGCCUGCAGCCUGGAUCAUACCGCAACUACACCAUCCACCAGCUGGGAGACAUACUUCUAGAGCAGUUCUCAGGUCAGUGUGCAGACGACAUGAGGAAGACCUACGCUGAGUUCUGCAGCCGCCACAUGAAGGCUGUCAAACUGUACAAGGAACUGCUGGCCAGAGACAAGAAGUUCCAGUGCUUCAUACGGCGGGUGAGUCGUGGGCCCUUGCUGCGUUGCCAUGGUGUUCAGGAGUGCAUCUUGUUGGUGACUCAGCGGAUCUCCAAGUAUCCUGUCCUUAUUCAGCGUAUAGUGGAAAACACUGCAGUGAACGAUGAUGAAGAGGAAGCCUCCUCUAUAGCCCAGGCUAGCUUCAUGGUCAGAGAACUUCUAAGUUCAAUAGACCAACAGAUGGAGGACCUGGAGAAAACACAGCGUCUGCAAGAGAUCCAGGCCAAGCUUGACCCGCGUUCUGAUACCAGAGUGAGGGAUGGGGGGCUGUUCAAGCCUUCAGAGCUUUUUCGCAGGAGACUGGUCCAUGAAGGAACCCUGUACUGGAAAACCCCAGGAUCCCGGCUCAAAGAUACAACAGUCUUAUUGAUGACAGACAUCCUGGUGUUUCUGCAGGAGAAAGACCAAAGAUACUUCUUCCCAUGUCUGGACAAAUCCUCAGUGCUGUCCCUCCAGAACCUGAUAGUGAGGGAUAUAGCCAAUCAGGAGCGAGGCAUGUUCCUGAUCAGCGACUCCACUCCUCCUGAGAUGUACGAGUUCCACGCUGCCUCCAAAGAAGAUAAGAACAUCUGGAUACGCCACAUCCAGCGCACCGUCAGCAAGUGCCCAUCAAGAGAGGAGUUUCCCCUCAUAGAGACGGAACAAAAGGCCCAUCUGAGAAGACUCAAAGCGGACAUCCAUCAGAAGGACCGGGAGAUGCUGGAGCUCCUGCAGGAGAGGGUCACUCUGUUCUGUGAGCUGGCUGAGGUCACCAGCGGUCAUGAGGGGCUACAAACCCAUAACACUCGCAUCCUGUUCAGGGCGGACACCCCCCAAGCCCCCCGGGCAGAGAAGCUCCUGCAGGACGCCACAACUGAGGUUGAAAGGUUAAGUGAGCUCCUCCUGGGUUCCAGCAUUGACAUCCCUCUUCCCUGCCAUCACACCCACAUGGAGGGGGGAGACACGAGUGAUCAGGAUCUGUUGGUCAAUGGAGACCAUGAUGGCUUUGCAGCUAAGAAGAUCUACCAGAGGCUGGUGAAUCUGAGUGUGUAUCUUCAUGCAAUCCAGGGCGCUGUCAUCAAACAAGACUCCAUCCUGGAGCUGCUGCUGCAGCCGCAGGAGUCCACCUCCCCAGCUGCAGGGGGAGUGUGGCGCCCCCUGUGGAGGGAUGGUGUAAACCGGGAGUCCAGUGCAGUGUCCGGUAUCGGGGAGCUGACCCUCCUGCAACGACAGCACAGCCUGCUGCAGGAGGAGCUGCUGAGGCUGCGGGAUGCCGAGAGCCGCUUCAAGGAGAGUGAGAAGGCCCGGGCCAAGCUGGAGAAGCAGGUCCGGAACAUGAAGGACACUCAGCCUGUUUCUCUGCAGCCACACAGGGAGCCCUCCACCGGAGCCGAGACCCUCUGGAUCAGCCGGGACCCUGCCAGUCAAUCAGAGGGCCUGCAGGACGGCAGUGAUGUGGAGGUGGACAUGACGUCAGAUGAUGACGAUGGGACUGUAUCUGAGAGUUCCAAAGACCUUCAUGACAUUCCAGAGGAGAUCUGAUCCUUGGCAUCUUCCACAGAGCUAAUGAGCCUUUACAGCUAUAUUUCAUCAUGAUAUUAAUUGAUUCCAACAAUCUGCAUGCCUAAAUUUUUUCUGCAAUGCUUAUUUACUGUAGCUGCUUUGCUUUCAGGUAGAUGGAUUGUGACAUUGAGCUGUUUCCCCGCCCCCACCCGUAUGAUUUGGAUUGUUGGUGAUUUAAGUUCCUCACUUGACCAAAGGAGAGUGGAGUUGUGCUAAUGUGAAGAACCUUUUAGCACUGAUGGUUAGGGUUUCUAUUAUUUUCAUCAUUUAAAGCAUUACAUCUCCAAACAUGUUGAGCACAAAAGAGAAUAAUUUGUAUUUCGACUGAUUUCACCAGGUGGAGACAGACACCCCUCAAAAUGAACAAAACUGUUUCUCUGGGAGGGGUUCAUGAGCUAUGUGAAAACAAUGGAUGUGCUGUAGAAGAUGUGUUGCAUUUUAUAGAAUCUGACACACAUUGAUAGCUGCUUUGAAUAUUAGCGUGACACCAAAGAGAAAAUAUCUCCCAUAGAUCAUCGUUCAGAGACGUCUCUCUAACAUGGAGCUCACACAGCCUUCCCACUGGGUUGCUGAAUCAAACCUUACAGAUGACUGUAACAUUUUUAUUGAUUUUAAAGUAUCUUUGAUGACUGGUUUUUUAGUUGAUCGUACAUCUACUAUAACGGAGUGUCACAGAGAAACUGGCUGCAGAUUAUGCAAAAAAAUAUGAAGACGCGAAAGGUUUGAUACAUUUAUCAACUCAAACGAAUCGAUACUUCCAAAAGAGUUUGUGUGCACAUUCAUAUUUACCAAAGACUGAUCCUUAGGGAAGGAUAUCUGCCGGCUGUGAUUGGUUUGUCUCUAUCACAUGACAAGUAAGGUGGCCGACAGGUGCAAAUUGCAAUACAACGGCCCGGGACGGCUCGCUUAGGAGAAACGCACUGCAGUUUUAGAAACGAUACAAACACAAAUGUGCCGAACACAUGAAAAAACAGCUGUUCCAUAACUGCAGCUUUCUCUUUAGUAGAUUUAAUAUGACUAGAUUCACUAAAUUAGCUAGGUAGCUUAUAGCAGAUCACCACUAAUAUCUAAAUGUUUUUAAACGCUGCAUGUGUUGUUUAAUUGGUGAAGAUGUUUCACCAUUGGAAUGCAUUAUAGAAUUAUUAUAUAUUAUAUGGUAUUAUAUGUUAUUAAUUUUGCAUCGUUUGUGAAGUCUAAAGGAAGUGUUGUUGGCCGCUGUAGCUUGUUUGCACCUGUCGGCCACCGUAGAGAUGCUACGUUAAUAUAUGAGCGCUACUUUCACUUGCCACAUUGACAGCAAUGGAUUUAGGGCACCAACAAUUCACGCUGUGUACGGCCCCCUGUCAAGUGUUUCAAGUGACGGGCUGUAAAUGACACUGACGACAGUAAGUUACCAAAUGUAAUUUCUGAUUUUAACCCAGCUUAUAAAUCAGUAAAGAAUCAUAGGUCUUUCUAUAGUUCAGGUAUAUACAGGGGGGCAGCUUGCCAACAGGCAAGGCAGGCAACUGCUUGGGGCCCCAGACUAGUAGGGAGCCCCGAGGGCCGACACAACUUUAAACGACAUCAGUGUUAAUGCACACAGUUUUACAUUUUUAUUGAUGCAAAGUUCAAACAACAAAUGAAAAAAAAAAUAAUGCAAUUAAACAGACAUCAUGCAUUGCCAUUAUCCUAAAUCAAAUUCAGUUCCUCUACAAUAGUGGGGCAAUGCGCAACGUUUGCAAUCCCAGUAGGAGCCCGCCAUAAGGCCGCCCCACCUGAUCGGUAGGAGUGACAUGAUCAGGUGGGCUCACAUUAGAGGUUCAUCCCAAUGAUCCUCCCGAGUGAAUUUUUGCUUAGGGCCCCGACAUACACUAGAAUCGCCACUGGGUAUCAGAGGACAUCAUUGACUGCUGGAAACCAGACACAGCAGUCCCUCAUGUCAAAGUCACACGUUUUGUGGUGCCAUCAAAUUACCCAACUUCCUCCCUGAAGUCAACUUUCACUGUUGGUCAGAGCCAGUGAUGAGGACAUCCUGUAGCUCUCACAAAAACGGUUUCUUUUAUUGUCCAGUAAACAUUCCGCCACACAUUUGUAUCAUUUUUAUAUAAUGUGUUAUAAAGAAGCUAGACUACUAACGGGUUCCAGAAGCAGUGACACAUAAUGCCUCUGGAGGAACUGAGGGUUACCACUCAUAGUUUGCAUUUUCAAAUCAGUUUGGGAGUGUUCUACAGUACAUGUUUUAACCUGCAAUCUCCAUUUUCUAACUACUGCAAUAGAAACAAGCUGUGAGCUUCAUGGUGUUUGCAUCCUUAACAUGUUUUAUAUGUCUGGCUGAUUUUCUGGUCCGACCAAGAACGACUGACACUGGUCUGGCUGAUGGAUGUAAUAUGCAGGAUAAAGCGUUUUAUUGCUUUUAAAUGUAAAUAGAGCUUGCUGCUGUUUGUUUGGCUGCGAAAUGAAUGUGAACUUUCAGCAGGUAUUCUCAUAUUAAAAUGCUGUACGUCUAUUCUGCUGAAUGUACAUCUCAGUGAUGCCUAAAGGGACAGGGUUAGUCCAGUUUCUGAUAGCAAAUAUUGUUCAGAACCAACCUAUUACUAGUAUUAUACUGUACUGUAUAUUAAGCAGAUGCUUUAUUCGUCAGUAAACAGUGUAAGGCCUCACAUUAUAUAAGGGCUGUCCUUACUAUUGCACUCCCGUUUGUCAUUCAUGUGAAUUGUAUAACUAUAGGAAAAAUAAACAAGUUGUAAUAUCAAA